UCACUUCCUUCCUUAAUUCUCUCCUGCCGUCCACCAUGGCUCCUAUAAUUCUCUCCGGCCUGCCGUCUAGUUCCCUUCCACCUCCAUCACCGCCUUCGUUUCUCCCAACGCGCGCGCUCCCGGUCCGUUCUUUGCCGGAGACCAUGAAACUCACCAGUUUCUUCGGUGCCUCCCCUUCUUCCAAGAAGGGCAAGAAGACGGGGAAGAGCGCCAAGAGCUGCUCCUUCGGCUCCACCGCGUCGUCGUUGUCCACGUCCGAUGAGUCCGCCGCCACGCCCAGGACCGUCCUGCCUCCCUCGUCGUCUCCGUCCGGAUCGGGCUCCGGUUCCGGCACGACGAAGAAACCGGCGGUGACGCUCGCCGUGACGCGGCAGGAGCUGGAGGUGGCGCUCCGGAGCGUCGUGUCCACGGAGGAGGAGCUGGCCGCGAUGCUCGCCGACGCGGAGACGACCGCCCUCGCGCUGGAGGGGAUCGCGGCGGCCGAGGCCGCGGACGAGGUCGAGCUGAGGGACAUCUUCGCGGUGUUCGACGCCGACGGGGACGGGAGGAUCUCCGCCGAGGAGCUCCGCGCCGUGCUCGCCUCGCUCGGCGACGACCGGUGCUCCGUCGAGGACUGUCGCCGCAUGAUCGGCGGCGUCGACACCGACGGCGAUGGCUUCGUCUGCUUCGGCGAGUUCACGCGCAUGAUGAUGCAUCUGCCGUGAAUCGAUGGUGCUAUGUGUGCCGAUCUAUGCAAUACUGGUAUCAACGUGUCGCUGCUCGUUUUCUGUUUAUUGCUAGAAUUUAGGAGUGAUUCAAGUUUUGUUCGUGAUUUAACAUGUGACUGUACUGUACGGAUGGUGAUGAACUCGCGAUCCAUCUAUUGCUCGACAUGGCCAAUCGAGCGCGUGAAAGGAAAAGAAAUCUCUGUUGUACCGAAAAUUUCUGAAAAUGUCAGCAUUUUGUGGUC